AUGUACGAAAUUACAAAAGAACGAUCUUUUUAUUCCAGCCUAAAAAUUUUGACACACACUUAUACUAUACCAAAAGUAAAGGAAGGACCACAGUUGUUCCUGUUUCGAUUUAUAUUUAUAACGCUUAGAUUGGCAAGCAUAAUGGCCUUGGUCGUUAUGCCUUGUCUUCACUUGAUCGUCACACUUAGAGGUAAUACAGGCGUGGAUGUUAGUGAAGAUUUCUCCAACAUGUUCGGUACUUUUGGAGCCAAUGUAGUCACUAUCUCUUUCCUACUCCUAUACGACAAAUGGUCACAAUUUUUCAUCGACCUUGAAAAUUGCAAUAGGUUCGGAAUACCAACAGAUAUAGAAGCAUUAAGGAAGAAUUUGAAUUUAUAUUCCGUUCUAUACGCGCUAUACACUGUAGUUGGAGUUGCAAUAUACGGAGUGAUCGCUAUUGCGGAAACCUCGCACUGUAAAAAAUUCAACGAAGAACAUGGUUCGAACGAAAUCUGUGGCACAUUCACGCCGCUCGUGUUGCCUUUUGAUGGAAAUCCCAUUUUCGUUCGAUCUAUUAUAUUUGUUAUACAGGCGUUUAUAGCUAUGACGACUUUUUCUGCGCCUGCUGUAGUAUGCUUUAUGCUGUAUGAAGCUGUAGAAACUUUGGUUGCAUACAUAACAUUGCUGAAGCAGAGCUUUAUUAACGUUUUUGAAACCACUAGUGAAGCAGAAAGAAAGGAUAAGCUACGAUUUUGUGUGUACUUCCAUGAUAACAUGUUGAGUUUAUGUCAACGUCUAAGUACUUUAGGAAAACAUUCAGCUGGAUUUCUGUGUAUGACAUGUGCAGUGGUAUUCGGAUGCAUUGGAAAUUUCAUAUUAAAAUCUAAACCAGUUGCCGGCAUAUGUUACUUUUUGGGAUAUGUAGCGGCUUUGUUCCUGCUUUGCCAUGGAGGUCAAAGGAUACUAGAUGAAACGCUGUCAGUUGCCGACGCGUUGUACGAUUCAAAAUGGUAUGAUGGCGACGUGCAAAUUAUGAGGGACAUAUGUUUUAUACUAGCCAGAGCACAGAUACCAGCAACAUUGGGAGCAUUGCCCCUAGGAGUGAUGAAUUACCCCUUAUUUUUGAUGAUAAUGAAGACGUCUUACUCCUAUCUCACGUUGCUAAGUCAGAACACUUAGGAAAAAAAAUACACAACGGCUGCUGAUACAGGCAAUGGAUUGUUUACAAAACUUUCUACCACUAUAAUACAAUGAGCUUUAGCACAAAUACAAAUUACAUCUUUAAUGUAACAAUAGAUACGUAGGACUAGACGAAUAAAACGCUUAUGCAUUUUAAAGUAAU